CAACUAUAAAAUGUCCACGCGAUAAGCAUUUCAUCAGAACAACACAAAUAUCGAACUACAGAGCAAACAUGAGCGCUGCAACAAUUAUAAACGGUACCAAUGGUACAAACGGACAGGUGAACGGAACUAAUGGGAAGAAUGGAGUGUCGCAGUCUUCACAAAACAUGUGCAGUUAUGAAGAAUGCGACAAGAUUGCCCAGCAUUUACUAUCCAAGACGAGGCACCGCCCUAAGAUUGGCAUCAUCUGCGGCUCAGGACUAGGGGGUCUGGCUGAAUCCGUAGAAAACAAAGAAAGUUUCUCAUACAAAGAAAUACCUCAAUUCCCAGUCAGCACAGUUCCUGGCCAUGCUGGUAGGCUGGUCUUUGGUAAGCUGGGGGGCAAAGAGGUGGUUGCUAUGCAAGGACGAUUUCACCCAUAUGAAGGGUACCCUCUGUCCCUUUGCACACUUCCUGUGAGGGUAAUGAAGCUGAUGGGAGUUGAAACACUUAUUGUCACAAAUGCUGCAGGAGGUCUUAACGAGAGCUAUGAAGUUGGGGACGUCAUGGUCAUCAAGGACCACAUUAAUAUGCCUGGAUUCUCAGGCAAUAAUCCCCUCAUUGGCGAAAAUGAGGACAAAUUUGGGCCUAGAUUUCCUGCUAUGUCAUCUGGGUAUGACAGGAAUCUGCGCAAAAUGGCCCUUGAAAUUGGCAAAGAAUUAAAGUUCGAUAAUUUCAUGCAUGAAGGGGUCUAUGUGAUGUUGGGAGGACCAUGCUUUGAAACUAUUGCCGAGUGCAAGUUGUUGAGGAUAUGUGGAGCUGAUGUUACAGGAAUGAGCACUGUCCAUGAAGUUAUCAUGGCAAGACAUUGUGGAAUGCGGGCAUUUGGCAUGUCACUCGUUACAAACAAAUGCGUUAUGGACUAUGACGAAGAUAGGAAAGCCAAUCAUGAAGAGGUGCUAGAAACUAGCAAACGUCGUGGAGAGGACAUGCAAAAACUUGUCACAAAAAUGAUUGAAAGAAUUGAAGUUUAAAUAUCCAAAGUAACCUCAAUAGGGCAAGCAUAAUCAAAAUUUGGCCAUGUGUGCGUUUACAGAUACCCAUGACCAAAACAUAUAGUUAUCUGAAAAAGUCACAUGGUCAGUUAUACGAAGAAAAUUCUGCUUUUGGGUGGAGUAAAUCACUUAGCGUAUUUGCCCACAACUAUUUAAGAAUAUCGAGUACAGAAAAUAUACUAGUACAUGUUGAGGGAAACUUGUUAAAUUUCAUCUAAACUGAUAGAACUUUGUGUUUAAGUAACCAAAAAACAUUUUGAUAUUCAUCCUUAUUAUUUAAAAAACUUUAAAAAACAAAGCUGACAAAUUUUUUUACCAAUUUGCAACAAUAAUGCAAAAAUCUGAAAAGAACAGUAAUAGGGUAGCAGUGAAAGCAGCUAUAUAAAGACAUUGAGAUUUUAGU